CUGCGCAGAGAAUACAGAUGGCGCCAAAAAUACCAUGCGCUAACCGUCUCAUAAUUAUUUAACAAAUAAACUAUUACUCAGUAAAUAAAUACCUCAUUAAUUGUCAAUUAAACUAAUCACAAGUAUAUAAAAAAAUAAUAACAAUUAUCGUAACUUGAUAGAUUUUAUUAAGACACCAGAAUACAAAAAAUGUCAGGAACACGAUCAGUGUCAUGUGGCCUUAACUUUGCAGCAGCACCAGAUUUAAAUAGCUGCUUGGAGACAGCUCAGCAGUCCUGCUAUGAAUUUAUUUGCAUACCAUUAGUUCACCCGCAAUUAAAACGUGAAUUUAUAUCAGGGACAGCUAAAGAUCGACAUGUAGCUUUCACGCGUGCUGACAUGAUCCUCAGUACAUCAGACUGGAACUCACUGAUAGUUGGCCGACUGUCUCCGCACAUCAACGUGGACUCGGCAAUAAAACACGUGCGUGAAAACAGCGAGGCCGCGUUGGCACAGGAACUGUCACUGGCAUCUCACCUGGGGAUACCCGCGAUAACUUUCAAAUUAAACGGAACCAUUGACAAGAACAUAAACCUAGCGCGUAUUAUCAAUAACAAACUAGUCUCGGUGUCAAACACCCAAGUCUGGGUCCAAAUACCCAUGGAGAACCCGGCCAAGCAGACGAUGUCCUACCGCACUGAUGAGGAAAUAAACUGCGAGAGUCCAUGGGAAUGGUGGAACGGGUUCCGGUUCAUUUGCGACUUUGAUAAAAAAAUCGGAGUCGCUCUUAUUGUCAGCCAUGACUUACCUGAAGAAGAUGAGAUUAAUCGCUGGCUCGGAGAACCGGUAAAAUGUUUAAUUUUACCCACGACUUUGUUCAUAAGCAACAAAAAAGGGUACCCGGUACUUGGACGCGCGCACCAGGUGCUAAUUCAGAGGUUCAGUCCUCUGAAUGUCCAGUUUAUUUUGACGGGAUCUAAUCGUUACCCAGACUUGACCCUGUACUUCAAUUACCUUGACCAUUUGUGGAAAAAAGGCUUCCAAGUCCACGGCCCACUGCAACGUUACGGCCGCGGGUAUGAAGACUAUCUCCAGUUCCCCCUGCAGCCGCUGAUGGAUAAUCUCGAGUCUGGUACUUAUGAAGUAUUUGAAAAGGAUCCUGUUAAAUAUUCCGAGUAUCAGCGUGCUAUUCAUCGAGCGAUUUUAUUUAAAAUGCAGACCGAAAGUCCUGCUACUACUUUAGUAAUAAUGGUCGUAGGAGCUGGACGAGGUCCAUUAAUCCGAGCGACUUUGAAUGCCGCAGACAUGGCCAAAGUACAGGUCAAAGUUUACGCAGUAGAAAAAAAUCCAAAUGCUAUCCUGACGUUACAUGCUCUGAAGAAUGACAUCUUUGGCGACAGAGUGACGAUAGUUUCCUCAGACAUGAGACAAUGGGAAGCUCCAGAGAAAGCGGACAUACUCGUUUCUGAGUUGCUGGGGUCGUUUGGAGACAACGAGUUGUCGCCAGAGUGCUUAGACGGCGCUCAGAAAUUUUUGAAAGAUGACGGUAUCAGCAUUCCCCAGUCAUACACUUCCUACAUCGGGCCAGUUCAGUCAUCGAAAAUUUACAACGAACUGAAGCAGUGCCUCGACAAAGACAAACAUCAGUUGUCGCAUUUUGAAACUCCGUAUGUUGUAUAUUUGCACAACAAAUAUCAGAUUGCUAAAGAGCAGCCGCUGUUUACUUUUUACCAUCCCAACAAAGACGCGACAAUAAAUAACUCGCGGUAUGAAAAGAAGUCAUUUACAGUUGAGCAGAACUCAGUAUUACACGGGUUUGUUGGAUACUUUGAUGUCGUUUUGUAUGAAAAUAUAACUUUGAGUAUCGUACCGGAGACUCACAGCCCAGGGAUGUUGAGUUGGUUCCCUAUUUUCUUUCCUAUACGGGAGCCGAUACCAGUAAAAACGGGAGAUGAAAUAGAAUUAAAUUUCUGGAGGAAAUGUAGUCCUAAGAAUGUUUGGUACGAGUGGUGCAUCAGCAAGCCGAGAUUCUUGGGAAUUCAUAAUCCUAAUGGUCGAUCCUACACCAUUGGGCUUUGAAAUUUUUUUUUACAAUAAUAAUUAUAAUAAUGAUAGUAAAUUAAAGCAGCAGAGUAUUUUUGUGAUUAUGAAUUAAAUAUAAAAUACGAGCGCGAAUAACUUACAAUCAUUGAUUAUUUGUAUCAAAUUGUAUCAAGAAAAAUUCAAAAAUGUGUACGAGUUUUCUAAAAAUUACCAGUGCGCAUUUUUAAAAAAUUAUCCUGAAGUUAACAGACAAUUGAAAAUUUACGAAUUAUUUUUUUCAACAAAUAAAUUACAAAAAAAAAAAAAAUGAAAAAAU